GGGGGAUUAACCAACAGUUCGUCUUCGUUCGCCACUUCAGCAGCAAGUAGAGACAUCAGCACCUUCCAUCAAAAUGGCCAUUCGCAACAUCCUCGUCGUCGCUUUCCUGGCUAUGACCGCCGUCUGCGCCGAGACCAUCCAGCUCCAGCCCACCCAAGGUAUCCUGAUCCCGGCACCGUUGGCCGAGAACAUCCGUGUGUCGCGUGCUGCCUACGGCGGAUACGCAGCCCCAGCCGCCGCUCCCUCGUACUCCGCCCCCGCUGCUCCAUCGUAUGCCGCUCCAGCCGCUCCUGCUGCUCCCGCCUACGCUGCACCAGCUGCCCCAGCCUACUCCGCCCCAGCUGCUCCAGCCUACUCCGCCCCAGCUGCCCCUGCCUACUCCGCCGCUCCUGCUCCUGCCGCCCCCGCUUACUCCGCCCCUGCCUCCAUCCCAUCGCCCCCGUGCCCGAAGAACUACCUGUUCAGCUGCCAGCCCUCUCUGCAGCCCGUCCCCUGCUCCGCCCCAGCUCUAUCCUACGGCUCCGCCGGCGCUUACUCCCAGUACGUGCCACAGUACGCCGUUCCUUACGUCCGGGAGUUGUAAAAUCGAUCAUGGCUCAAAUGAAAAACCGAACUUUUGAAUAAAAUGCAUUGCUUAUA